AGGGUAGAUGAGAAUUUGUUUGUUUGUGAGGUUUUUAAUGCAGAUUUUUCUGCUUAAAAUGAGAUUGAGUUAAGCUUUUACUCUGAGCUAAACAAUGGAGGAAGGGAAGUGGAAGGUCUCUGUGUGGAAGGAUCGUUUGUUCUUGCUCUUCUUCUUCUUCUUCUUCUGCUGCUGCUGUUUCUCUGUGUCUUGUUUAGGAGCUAAUGUAACAUAUGAUCAUCGCUCUCUCAUCAUUGAUGGCCAGCGAAAGCUUCUCAUUUCCGCUUCCAUACAUUAUCCUCGCAGCGUCCCUGGGAUGUGGCCGGGACUCAUUCAAACUGCCAAAGAAGGAGGGGUUGAUGUGAUCGAAACUUACGUUUUUUGGAACGGACAUGAGCUUUCUCCUGGCAAUUAUUAUUUCGGGGGACGCUUCAAUCUGGUGGAGUUUGUGAAGAUUGUUCAGAGAGCUGGGAUGUAUUUGAUCUUGCGGAUUGGCCCAUUUGUUGCAGCGGAGUGGAAUUUCGGUGGCGUUCCUGUAUGGCUGCAUUAUGUGCCUGGCACAGUCUUCCGAACUGACAACGAACCCUUUAAGAAUCACAUGCAGAACUUCACAACUUUCAUAGUGAACAUGAUGAAGCAGGAGAAGUUUUUUGCAUCACAGGGAGGCCCUAUCAUCUUGGCGCAGAUAGAAAAUGAAUAUGGUGACACUGAAAGGGUUUAUGGAGAUGGGGGAAAGCCCUAUGCUAUGUGGGCCGCAAGAAUGGCUCUCUCUCAGAAUAUUGGUGUGCCUUGGAUAAUGUGCCAGCAAUAUGAUGCUCCUGAUCCUGUGAUCAAUACCUGUAAUUCGUUUUACUGUGACCAAUUCACACCCAAUUCUGCCAACAAGCCAAAAAUUUGGACUGAGAAUUGGCCUGGAUGGUUUAAAACAUUUGGAUCCAGAGAUCCUCACAGACCACCUGAAGAUGUUGCUUUCUCUGUUGCUCGUUUUUUUCAGAAAGGCGGUAGCGUGCAUAACUAUUACAUGUAUCAUGGUGGAACAAACUUUGAUCGCACUUCAGGGGGACCAUUUAUUACCACGAGCUAUGAUUAUGAUGCACCAAUUGAUGAAUAUGGGUUAGCCAGGCUUCCAAAAUGGGGACACCUUAAGGAGCUUCAUAAAGCUAUAAAAUUAUGUGAGCAUGCACUGCUACAUAAUGAGCCUACACUACUGUCUCUAGGUCCUUUACAAGAGGCCAAUGUUUAUGCUGAUUCAUCAGGAGAAUGUGCUGCUUUUCUUGCUAAUAUGGAUGAAGAAAAUGAUAAGAUUAUUAGUUUUCGUAACAUGUCAUAUGACGUUCCAGCUUGGUCAGUUAGUAUUUUGCCAGAUUGCAAAAACGAGGCAUUUAAUACUGCAAAGGUUCGAUCCCAAUCUUCUGUUGUUGAAAUGGUUCCAGAGAAUUGGAACCCAAGUUUGCAGUGGGAUGUGUUUGUGGAGAAGGCAGGGAUCUGGGGAGAAGCUGACUUCAUCAAAAGUGAGCUUGUAGAUCACAUAAAUACCACAAAGGAUACUACUGACUAUCUGUGGUAUAUGACAAGCCUGGACGUCGACGAAAAUGAAGAGUUUCUAAAGAGUGGAAGCCGUCCAAUUCUUAUAGUUGCCUCAAAGGGCCAUGCUGUCCAUGCUUUUGUAAAUCAAGAGCUUCAAGUUAGUGCAUCUGGAAAUGGUCUGGAUUCAACCUUCAAAUUUGAAAGUCCCAUUUCUCUCAAGGCAGGGAAGAAUGAAAUUGCUUUUCUAAGCAUGACUGUUGGGUUACAAAAUGCUGGGCCAUUUUACGAAUGGGUAGGAGCCGGAUUCACCAGUGUACAGAUUGAGGGUUUUAAAAGUGGAACCAUUAACUUGUCUUCAAAUUCUUGGGUCUACAAGAUUGGAUUGGAGGGAGAGCACCUAGAUAUAUACAAGGAAAAUGGGAUGAACAAUGUGAAGUGGGUAUCAACCUCAAUGCCGCCAAAGAAUCAACCUCUCACAUGGUACAAGGCAAUUGUGGAUCCUCCACCCGGAGAUGAACCUGUCGGGUUGGAUAUGGUGCAUAUGGGGAAAGGGUUGGCUUGGCUAAAUGGUGAAGCAAUUGGAAGAUAUUGGCCUAGGACAAGCUCUAUACAUGAUGAAUGCCCUCAGCAAUGCAAUUACAGAGGGAAAUUCAUCCCUAACAAAUGCAGCACUGGCUGUGGAGAACCAACUCAAAGAUGGUACCAUGUUCCACGGUCUUGGUUUCGGCCAUCUGGAAACAUUCUUGUGAUCUUUGAGGAGAAAGGUGGAAAUCCAAAUGAGAUCAAGUUCUCAAGACGACGUGUGACCAACAUAUGUGCUACGGCUUCUGAGGACUAUCCUAUUGUGGAUCUUGAGUCUUGGCACAAAGAUACCACGGAUCUUGAGUCUUGGCACAAAGAUACCACGGAAAAUAUUGAAGCCAAGGCAAUUCUAUAUCUUAGAUGUCCCAAUAAUGGUAGUAUUUCCGUUGUAAAAUUUGCUAGCUUUGGGACUCCUAGUGGGACUUGUGGAUCUUACAGCAAAGGAGAAUGCCAUGAUCCUACAUCGGCUAACGUGGUUGAGAAGAUCUGCCUAAGCAAAACUGAUUGUGCCGUAGCGUUAUCAGAAGAUAACUUCAGUAAGGAUUUGUGCCCAGGCUUGACCAAGAAACUUGCUGUUGAAGCAGUGUGUCAUUGAGAUUUCCAGUGGUGGCAGCCCAGAUUUUGGAUGUGGGUCGAUCACAGAUGUCACAUUAUAGAUUUCCAUUUGAUAUUCCCUCCUAAAAUUCAUUGUAGGAAACAUUGAUCAUUGGUAAUUACUGUUUAAAACAUCUAGAUAGGCAUGAAACCAC